CAUUGACUGCUGGGCCCUGCCCUAAGGUGUCUUCAUGGGAACAAGGUGCCCAAGGUCUGUUUGAAACAGUCAGGCAUGCUGUCAUUCAGUUGGGAGGGUUGGAGAAUGAGUGGACUCAUUCCUCAUUCAGCUCAGGGAAUGGUGAUUUGUGUAUAUGAGGAGUGUUUUGCUCAGAGAAGUCUCUCUAACUUGACUCUGUCUCUUCCUCCAUCUACAGGUCCACAUGGCCAGAGGCAGCAAAUGUCCAACAGCAGCUUCCCUACAGAGUUCCUCCUUCUGCCAUUCGCAGACACGCGCGAGCUACAGCUCCUGCACUUCGGGCUCUUCCUGGGCAUCUACCUGGCUGCCCUCCUGGGCAACGGCCUCAUCCUCACAGCCGUAGCCUGCGACCACCGCCUCCACAACCCCAUGUACUUCUUCCUCCUCAACCUCGCCCUCCUCGACCUGGGCACUAUUACCACCACUGUCCCCAAAGCCAUGGCCAACUCCCUUUUGGACAGCAGGGACGUUUCCUACUUGGGAUGCGCUACCCAAGUCUUUAUGUUUGUUGUCUUUGUCACAGCAGAGUUUUAUCUUCUCACUGUCAUGGUCUAUGACCGCUAUGUUGCCAUCUGCCAGCCCCUGCACUAUAUGACCGUAAUGACCAGCAGAACUUGUGUCAACAUGGCAGCAGCUGUCUGGGGUGCUGGUGUUCUCAGUGCUUUGGUGCACACUGCCAAUACCUUUUCCCUUCCCCUCUGCCAAGGCAAUGCCCUGGACCAGUUUUUCUGUGAACUUCCACAGAUCCUUAAGCUCUCCUGCUCUGAUGCCUACCUCAGAGAACUUGGGUUCAUAAUGUUUUGUUUUUCUUCAGGUAUUGGAUGUUUUGUCUUCCUUGUACUGUCCUAUGUGCAGAUCUUCAGGGCUGUGCUGAGGAUCCCCUCUGAGCAGGGACAGCACAAAGCCUUUUCCACGUGCCUCCCUCACCUGGCUGUGGUCUCCCUGUUCAUCAGCACUGUCAUGUUUGCCUACCUGAAGCCACCCUCCAUCUCUUCCUCAUCCCUGAAUCUUUUGUUGGCAGUUCUGUACUCAGUGAUACCUCCAGCAGUGAACCCCCUCAUCUACAGCAUGAGGAACAAGGAGCUGAAGGAUGCAGUUAGGAAACUGAUUUGGGGGAUGUUUUUCAGUACUCAUAAAGAUACCUUCACUCUACAGUAAUGAAGCCUAGUACGUCACCUUCCAGGCUU